GAUUAUAGCAGGACGUAUUUUAGCUUUGAAUUGAUAUCGCUUUCACUGGUAAAUGGAUGAUAUGUGGAUCUUCAUAGUUGUGUGUAUUACAUGUGUUUGUCCAUAUAGAACUGUGUUUGCGAAAUGCAAUAUCACACUAAAUAUGUUGGGCUAUAAAGAGGCUUUGUGUAAAUAUCAAGGAUUUACAUCGGUUCCGAUGGAUUUACCACCUGAUAUAAAGAAAUUAGAUUUAAGUUAUAAUAGACUGACCAGACUGGAUGCCAACGGGUUUCAUAGAUAUAAAUAUCUAGAAUAUCUAAUAAUUGAUAAUAAUGACAUCAGAUGGUUGCAUACUACGGCUUUCUGUAGCUUAUCAUUAUUGAGACAUUUGUCUUUGUCUAGAAAUUAUCUGAAUGUGUCUGAAUCGUAUCCUCAUGGAGUGUUUGAGUCCUUAAAUAAUUUAUCAGUUUUAGACAUAAGUAGAAAUAUGAAAACUCCAGGCUACAACCCGUAUAAAAUUCCCGUCGACGGACUCAGUAACUUGCGUGAGCUGAGCAUCGAUCUUGUGUUAAAUGCAACGUUUGGACAGCACUUCAAGAAACUGUACAAUUUACAAAAAUUGAGUCUUGAUUAUUGUCUCGUAAAUUAUUUAAACAAUGAAACAUUUUUAGAAAUGCCGGUAAGUUUAAAGGAAUUCCACAUGACAACUUGUAAAGACUUUGUUGUCAUUGAAGGUGGCGUUCUAGUUCCGUUUCCACAUCUUAAAGUACUAAAUCUUACUAACAGCAAUAUUCAUUUAACACAGGCCCUAAACAUUUUACAUCCAUUUCAGAACAAAACAAUGGAUGCUCUUCUUUUUCGCGGAAUAACUCGCCCAGAUUCAAAACAUAGAAUUGAUCCAGUUAUUCUUACACCAGAGAUGAUGAAAUAUACAUAUACUAUCUGUAUAAAAACAAUGGACUUAUCCGCAAAUAACAUUAUAUUAGUUAAAAACAAAUCGUUAGUUUUGUUUCAACGUCCAGAGUGCUUUGAAGCUGUUAUGAUAUCUGCUAAUAGUUUUAGUGUGGAUAGCUGGGAAGUUGAUUUCGUUUUGUUUACGUUCAAGAUGACCAACAUCAAAAUAAUAGAUUUUUCAUAUUUUCCGUUAGGAUUCAAGAAUCCAAUUUUCCUUAACGUAAUAACAAAGGAUAACUUUACAAGAGUUGAACAAGUUCAAGGUAAAUGGGCAAGACAGCAUAAUUCAAUGACAGUAUUACUUCCGAGUCAACUUCAUUUUUUUAGAAUGACUCAUAUGAUGGCUGAAGGUUCCUUUCUAGAAAUAAAAGCAAAAAAUAGCUACCUUCGUCACCUUGAAAUUUCUUACUUUGAAACAGAUUUCUUUCCACUUAUAACUAUGGAAGGAUUUAACUGUUUGGAUCAUUUGGAUUUGUCGGGUAUAAGUUCAGUAAAAACUAUUGGAGAGGCAAAAAUUCCAUUUUUAAUCCAUCUUAAAACACUUAUUUUGAAAGAAACAAACUUGAUCAAUGUUUUACAAACUAAUACAACAAUAUUAAAGUUUUGUCCCAAUAUAAUCAACUUGGAUAUAUCUUAUAAUUAUAUCUGGAAAAUGAAAGCCAAUUCUUUUGGGCAACUUCUUAAUCUACAACAGCUCAAUCUAUCUCAUAAUUUGCUUGAGACUGUUCCAGAUGUUGUUACAACAUUUUAUAGCCUUGAUGAACUCGAUUUGUCGUACAAUCAAUUAACAACAAUUGGAAAGAAUAUGCUGGAUUGGAUUGAUAACAUGCACAAAAAACAUGGAACUUUUAAAUUAUAUCUUAGUAAUAAUCCAUUAAUUUGUUCGUGUGACACAACGAGAUUCCUGAGAUGGAUUUCGACAACACAAGUAAAGUUAGAUAAAAAUGGUAAUUAUUCUUGUUGGGUUUCUUCAAGAAAAAGUAUCAACUAUACAAGAAAUGUCGCUGAAGACUUACAUCAUUAUUUCGUCGACUGUGAUACUACCGUCUGGAUCAAAUUAGGCAUUUCAUUAUUGGUUUCUGUUUUAUCGAGUGUGCUUUGUAUUGCUCUAUUAUACAAUUUCAGAUGGAGGAUAAUGUUCUUUCUCUUUCGAAAUUUCCGAAGAUUUGCUGAGAAAGGUCUCGAGCUAACUUUUGAUUAUGACGUUUACAUUUCAUAUUCCGAUGACUGCGUGUCUUUUGUGAAAGAAUUGCAAGAGAAAGUAGAGGACGAAUGGGGAUUCAAAGUUUGCUUUGAAGAUAGAGAUUUCAUUGUAGGCGAAUCGAUUGCUACGGAAAGAGCUAUGUCCAUUAACAGAUGCAGACACAUAAUAUUUCUAGUAACGCCGUCAAUUGUUCAAAAUGAAUGGACUCGUUUUGAAAUCGAGCGAGCAAAGUAUGAAAAGUUUUCCAAAAACCUGCAGAAGAUUGUUGUUAUUACAAGAGAUAUCCCUUUGGAUAUUAUUCCAAAGGAAUUUUCCACUAUUUGGAAAGAUGUUCUUCUAAUUCAAUGGCCUAUUGAGAUGGAUGAAGUCCAAAUGGCUUGGCAAAAGCUUCGACUUUGGUUCUUUUGAUGUAGUGUAAAGUUGUUUUUUAACACAUAUAAACGUGUUAUUCCUAAAUUUGUCCUGUAUACAAUUACCAUAGUCGUCCAGAUAACAGGCUUAGGUCUCUGUUGACAAACGUGUAAAGUUAAAAGCGUCAAAAAAUGUUCAAUGUACCACUCAUGAUACAUUAAUGUACGACGUUUCUGCAUGUCAAAUAAACAAUAUCAAAACUUUAGAAUAAAACACAGAUUUGUGUAUUAAAAAAAAUGUACCUGGAAUAUUGAUAUUUGUGAAAUAAAUAUCAUUUUACAAUCAAUAUUAACAUAAUUUCUUAUCAUUAACACCAUAAAAGUACAUGGUAUUGAAAUGUAAUUGAAAAGUAAGUUAGUAUUACAUGCUUUUUUCAUUGUAAUUAAUUAAAUUACCAUUACAUGUAAUUUGAAUAAUGCUCAAUUACACAUUACAAUACAUUACAUGGAAAAUUGUAAUGCAUUACACUUAAUUACCAUUACAUUUUAAAUUACCCCAUCCCCGAUGUACGUACGUUUUCUUUGCACAUAUCUUUUUAUUUUAAAGUGUUAUCUUACGUCUGUUUAAUUUUCGCCUUAAGUAUGAAAACAAAGAUGCGAUGCAUAGUCAAGAUAAACUGUUGUGCAUCUUUUUACGUACGAGUGUAUAAAUGUGGGAAUAUGUAUUAGAGGACAUGUAUAAUAACUGAGUAUAUUCUUGCUACUAACUACCACAGUAUUUGUUUUGUAAAUGUAUGUUCCUUAUUAGAUAUAUGUUUAAUAAUUGAUAAUCUAUCAUACAGAGAUGCUCUGUUUUCAUUGUUUUUGGAGUUAGUCAAUUAAGGGAAACUUUUUUAAAGGUUCUAAUUAUUUUGCCAAUAUAACUAUUAAUUUUAAUAGAUCACAGUUCAGUUCAACAAACUGACAAACUGGAUUCUCUAUGAUGUUAACCUGUCGGCUGUGCUGCUCCUGAUACCGUUAUAAUGUAACUCAUAUUAUAUGUUUCCUCAACAAAUGUACAACGCAAUAAUGUAAAAUAAAAUGUUUUUUCUGCA